AGUAGGUUACUAUGACUGUGCUGAUGGAGGCGAAUCUCCCCUAAAACUUCCUUUGUGGAGAAGGAAAAGACUGAGAACAGGGAAAAAGAGAGCAAGCCCAGGAUGAGAUUCUGGUCAGGAACUGACCGUUGAUUCUAUGUGCACACUGAAGCCAUUAGGUGAGCCACUCUCAGGAAUGCAAAGUCAAGGUCUUCCUGUGAGUCGCUGAUAUAUUCCUGCGGUAUAUAAAAAUCCUUAGACGCAGGUAUUGUUGGUGGGGAGACAUAAAAGACGUCUCUUUGGGACAAACGAUGGAUCACUUCCUGGUGUUGUUUGUGGUGCUAUCGGGCUCAGUGACGGACAGCCAGGCAGGCCGGGGCCUCUGGGACCAGCUGGAGGCGUGUGGGGAGUGCUACCCGGACCAGUGCGUCACGGAGCUUCGAUGCCCGGCCGGGCGGGUGAGGGACCGCUGCGGGUGCUGCUGGGAAUGCGGGGGCGACGAGGGACAACCCUGCGACCUAGACCCUUCCGGAAGCUUCUACGGCCUCUGCGGGGAGGGCCUUAUCUGCCAAAUCCUGGAUCGGGACCUGCUGGCUGGGGAAGUGCCCGAGCCCCAGUGUGUCUGCGUCCAGCAGGGGGUGCUGUGCGGCUCUGAUGGGCGCACCUAUGAGACUCCCUGCCAGUUCAGAACAGCCCAGCACAGGCAGAGAGAGGAGAGCAAGCUGACCGUGACCUUAGCCCAUCAUGGGCCCUGUAAGGCCAAGCCAAUUAUAGCUACUCCCCCUCAUGAUGUCAUCACUGUGGAAGGAAAUGACAUAAUCUUCAGCUGCGAAGUGUCGGCGUAUCCCAUGGCGAUGAUCGAGUGGAGGAAAGAGGGCAACAGCAUCUUCCUGCCUGCAGAUGACUCCCACAUGGCAGUGCAGGCUCGUGGGGGGCCCCGCCGCUUUGAACUGACCGGCUGGCUCCAGAUCGAAGACGUCCGGCAGGCGGACGAGGGAGUCUACACGUGCACCGCUAGGAACCAGUUUGGAGAGGUGCUCGCACCGGCCAGAUUGCAGGUUGUGAAGAAAGAUUCGGAGUGGGCACAUCAGCUGAAGCAACAAAACACAGCAGUGUACGAUGAUUCUGAUGAGGACGAGGACGACGAAGAAGACUACAAAGUUUUAUCAAGUGGGCAUUCAUAUUAAAAGCACAUUAUUCAUUUAAGUUUUUUCAUGGAAAAUACACAGCUAUGAGCAAUGUUUUUCCCGCUUUGACAACAAAACCUAAACACAAACACCAAUGUUGUCUAGUCCCACGAUCAAGGUGAGAUGCUUCAGUGAUUUCCUUAUUGUACUGUACAAAGUGAAAACCUUUACCUUUUGACUUCUACCAUGGCCAGAUGGAAGCUGUCAGCAAAUUUGACAUACAGUAUGAGUUCCUUCCUGUGACACAACACUUUCAUAUUCAACAUAUUAAAACUAUCGCCUGUGCAAAAUCA